CAAUGGGAGAGUUUUAGCUUUUCUUUGGAUGACGAUAAGUUGGGGAGAAAGAAAAUGUAGGGUGAGAAAACACGACUCUCAAUACAUUUACCGGGAAGGAGAGAAUAAAGGUGAUGCAAUGUGAUUGUUCCUUAUAUGCACGAGAAGAUCACUCAAAGGAUUAUACUAAAACUUUACUGUCGUUUACUUCCUACUAUUCUCUUCGACCAGAGUGUGAGGGCGCCUGAGGUGGGCAGUCCACACCUCCACAUCCACCGUUUUUAGGCUAUACGCAGCUCCCAAACGAACCAAUCUGAAAGAGAGGUCUUCCCCUCCCUCGCCCCAUUUCCCCAUCAAUUUUCCUCUGUUCUUUUCUUUUGAGGGGAUUUCUGAUUGUUCCCCUUCAUGAUAUUUUACAAUCUUAGAAUGUAAAGUUGAAGUUUGGCUCUUGUUUUUUUGUUUUGAAACUAUUAUUGUCGUCAAAUGAAGUUCCAGCCGUCUGAUGGGAUCCAGAAGGUGGUGUUUGGAGGUCAAGUGACGGAUGAUGAAGUCGAGAGCUUGAAUAAAAGGAAACCGUGUUCAGGUUAUAAGUUAAAGGAGAUGACAGGGAGUGGAAUUUUUGCAUCAUCCGGAGAAGAUGACUUGCUGGAGUCUGAAAACCCAAACACUACCACUCCCAGCAACAAAACUGGACUCCGAAUGUAUCAGCAGGUUGUUUCUGGGGUGAGUCAGAUUUCCUUUGGGGAGGAAGAAGCUGUCUCUACAAAGAAACCAACCACACUGCCUGAAGUGGCGAAGCAACGGGAGCUUAGCGGAACCCUUGGGAUUGAAUCAGAUUCGAAGUUGAACAAGCAAAUUUCUGAAGCAAAGAACAAAGAGCUCAGCGGGCAUGACAUCUUUGCUCCACCACCCGAGAUUAAGCCUCGGCCAUUGGCUGCUCGGGCAUUAGCGUUAAGAGAGAGCAUUUCAAUUGGAGAACCGGCUCAUAAUCAUAAUGUGGAAGCAAGCGAAGAAGCAGUUUGCAAGACAGCGAAAAAAAUUCCCAACCAGAAGCUCGCAGAGCUUUCAGGAAAUGGCAUCUUCAAGGGAGAUACUCCCCCAACAUCUGCAGAUAAGCAUCUGAGCUCGGCAAAGCUGAGAGAGAUGAGUGGCAGUAACAUCUUUGCCGACGGAAAAGUAGAAUCUCGGGACUACUAUGGUGGGGUCCGCAAGCCCCCGGGUGGUUCGAGCAGCAUUGCACUCGUGUGACUUGUUAAUUAUUUGUAGGUCGAUCUCUAACUCAAAACCAAACCGGUUCGUUCAUAUAAAUUACAACUGCUUGGUUAUUCGUGUGGUCAUUUUUCUUGUUUUUUCUUAAAAUUUGAUGUGUCCAUGUGGUUGGGUUUUCUGGAGUUGUGUGUUAGAGUUUUAUUAACAAGUCAACCAAAGGUUGGAGAACUGGGAACCGCUUAAGCUAAUUGGGUUGUCUUGUUCAUAAAAUCUGUGCUUUUGUGUGUUCAUUUGUAUGAAAAUGGAUUCAUUUUAUAAAAUUUUACUUUUUUUAAUAUAGUACAAGUAUAUUU